AUGCCAAAGAAGAGCAAGGCGAACAAGUUGUCGCGCAUGUCGGAGGAGGAGCGCGCGCGCUACCUGCAGCACCGCGCCGACUUGGAGGAGGAGGCGCGUCGCAGGAAGAGGGAGCUUAUCGCCAGGUUCAUCAAGAAUAAACUCGAUAAAGAAGAGUCUUACAGCAAGAUGAACACAGCGAAGAUCAACCAGGAGUGGCGGUAUGUACUGAGGAAGAUCAAAUGUAAACAGAUGGCUUCAGAUAUACAGGGUAUGAUCAUCAGCUUUAAUUUCCUAGUGGAGAGGAAGGAUCGUCAGGUAGUCUCGCUUACUAGAGCGCUGGAGGACUCUGACGAACAGCACCGGCGCGCCUUUCAGACUCAUAUGGAGAACUUAAACUAUUUCCUCAGAAUCGGAGCUCAACGAUUAGAUAAACUGCAAACAGAGUACGAACGUCAAAAAGAUCUACUUUUAGAGAACUGGGAAGGAGAAGAGUUAGAGAUAACGGACAAUCAGGAUAGGGCGGAGAUGAAACUAACGUUGAUCACUUACAUACAGGACCGUGACUUCAGAGCGUAUAUGAAGGAGAGAGAAAUAGCAAUGCUGACGGCCAAGAAUGACGAGAGACUUGAGCACGAAGAACAAAUGCGCAACCUUUGUCGGCCAAAGCAGUUGGAAAUUGAGUUAUACUUUAAUAGACUCCGUGAAACUUAUGACGCGUACGGGGAGCACCAUAACCCGAUAAUGGGGCACUAUCGCGUGCUGCGGGAGAAAGACGACUUCUAUCAGAGAGACAUCGCAAGGAACGAACGACUAAUAGAACAAGCUACGGAUAUGCUAUUGAAUCUUCAAAAGGAAUGGGUGCGAACGACCAAGUCUAUAAGUAACAAGGUAAAUCGUAUGACGAACCAUAAAGAGGACUUGGCAAAGAGGUACUGGCAGAUGAAGAAGGAAUCUAAGCUUAUGAGCUGCAGAGACAAUGACAUGUUGACUGUACUUGUAAAUUGUAGCCAAGAUACCAUUAAGCGCCUGGAGGAAGUUAAUAGCAAAAUAAAUAAAAUCACACAAAUGAAUCAAAUAUGUAGCAAAUACGAAAAUAAUAGGUUGGAUGUUCUCGAAGAUUGUCCUGAAGACUGGAUCCCACAGAACUUUGAACAUCUUAAUGAGGAGAUGAUAGUAUAGUACUUUGAUUAUUGCACUAUCAUACCAAAAUUCACUGCACAAUCGUAUUAAAUGCACUCUAAGAUCGUAAGAAAUGCACUGCACAAUCUUACGAAACUUACUGCAUGACAGCACCAAACGCCUCACAUGAUUUUAUUCUCUUGCUAAUAAUACAAACCAUUUGUAAUGUUAUAUAUCGUACAUACAAUUUUUUUUACCGUCCCACAGAAUGAAUGCAAGGCAUAUAUGAAAAUGGAUAAAUUCUUAAACAAGGUGAACAGAGUGAAGGUGCAAACAAUGUGC